AUUAAUGAUCACAGAAUGCGCUGUGAGUAUACAACAGGCAAAAUGUUCGCAUACCCAGAUGUUUUAAAGAAUGGUUUAUUUUGUUUAGUUGUACGUAGUGCGAGAUUGAUACAGGCUGUGCUAUUGGAUGUUAUAGCGUCACAAUGCAUUCCAAUAAUAAUUGCAGACACAAUAGUCAUGCCAUUUAACUCACAUAUAGACUGGAACAGAAUUGCAAUUUUUAUACCAGAAGAUAAUAUAAAGAACUUAUUGAAAAUAGUGCAUUCAGUGAGCAAAGAGAGACGUGGGGAAUUAUAUUGGCAAUUGAGAUGGGUCUAUGAAAGAUAUUUUGCAAGUAUAGAAAAAAUUACAAUGACUAUGUUGGAAAUUUUUAAUGAAAAAGUAUUUCCAUUGUCCGCGAGAAUGUAUGAAGACUGGAACAUGCCGGAGCAUUUGUAUGGACCGGUGAAUCCGCUGUUUCUACCAGAGACGGCCCCGAAGGCGCCGGGCUUCACGGCUGUCAUACUAACAUAUGACCGCGUUGAGAGUCUGUUCACGCUUAUCAGAAAAUUGGUGCGAACGCCGAGCUUGGCGAAGAUCCUUGUUGUAUGGAACAAUCAGAAGCUGCAACCACCGCCGGCCUCCGAAUGGCCGGUGAUAAACAAGCCGUUAAAAAUAAUACGAACCAAAGAGAACAAAUUAUCGAACAGGUUUUUCCCCUACGACGACAUUGAGACGGAGUGUCAGUUGACCAUAGACGAUGAUAUUAUUAUGUUGACACCAGAUGAAUUAGAGUUUGGUUUUGACGUAUGGCGGGAAUUCCCCGACAGAAUCGUUGGGUUUCCAUCGCGUCUGCACGUGUGGGACAACGCCACCAGUUCGUGGAAGUACCAUAGCGAGUGGACCAAUCAGAUAUCAAUGGUGUUAACAGGCGCCGCGUUCCACCACAAGAUCUGGUCGUGGUACUACACGUACAAGAUGCCGGCAGAGAUACGGCAGUGGGUGGACGAGAACUUUAAUUGCGAAGACAUUGCUAUGAACUUCCUAGUGGCUAAUAUUACGAGGAAAGCGCCUAUUAAGGUGACACCGCGAAAAAAAUUCAAAUGCCCCGAGUGUACAAACACAGAAAUGCUAUCCGCAGACGCGAAGCACAUGUCGCAGAGAUCCGCUUGUAUCGACAAAUUCACCAAAAUAUACGGACAUAUGGCGUUAAAGUCCGUUGAGUUUAGAGCUGAUCCAUUGCAGUACAGAGAAACGGGCUCUGGAAUACCACAUUUGUACCCGGAUAUAGGCGCUUUGUGAAAAAAAAACUAAUUAUACACUACGGUUCUAAUUGGUAAAUCUAUGGCUGGCUUAGGGUGGCAUAUUUGGUUGAUAAAGCCUUACAAAGGUCUAUUGUGUAAAGGUCUUCAUUCAAUUUAAUUAAAGUUUUAUUUCGUUUUUGAAAACUGAAAAGAUUUAUGCAAAAAAUUAAAUAGUGCUAUAAUUUUUGGAAAUUGAAAAUGAAUUAACGCUUCUAAAUGACUUAAUUCACGCGCGUAAACUGUCUUGAUAGUGAUUGGUCAAUAAUGUUUUGCCAGAGAUUGGCUAAUUGUUUUCCUAUAUUUAAAAGUUUUUGGUCAACUCUGAUGUUAAUGUAAAUGUAACCAUUAUUCAAAUGUGGAACUUUAUGGAAAUAUGAAUUGAUCGGUUGUUUAUCCUUUCCGUUAAAAUAUUUUAGUGCAAGUAAUUUUGAAUAAUGAUGGUAAAGAUUUUGAAAAGGGGAUAUAGUUAAGAAAUAUAUUCUAAGACUUGUAUAUUUAAUUUUAAAUAAAUCGGUCAAUAAUGAGAUUCUUUUUAGUAGUAUUAAGACGAACAUAAAAUCUAUAUUGUGCACUAAAAUAAACUGCCACCCUGACUUGCUAUAAAUAUAUGAAAAUUUAUACAUUUCAAUAUGUAUAAUUAAUUGCCAGGCGCGAAAAUGUAAGGAAUUGUUAUUUAUUACUAAAUUGAGUUUUCUUAAAAUGAGUUACAAUUUAGUGUUACGAGUAUUGUCAGUCCUGACGUCUGUGUGUUUCAGCCAAUUUUGUAAUUAGGUGUAAUUUGUGGUCAUAGCAUAGAGUAAAUAAGCACAAGUUAAGCUUUAAGUGCUUCACAUUGUAUAGUAAUGAGUUUUUUUUUAAGAAACGACACAUUUUUCACAUUAUGAGAACAAAUAAUUAAAAUUGAGAAUAUUAAGGCGGUAGUUGUAUAUUUUUUAGUAAUGGUGAAUCGUUUCGACUGACAAUGCGAUAGUAUGAUUUAAAUUAGACGCUCCUAUUAGUUUCGGAGGUAUGGACAAUAAAUAACGAAAGGCUGUAAGCGAAGUAAAAAUGGGAAUCGU